AUGUUUUCUUCAGUCGAUGUUCACCCUGUUGUGCUCGCCGUCUUACUACCUGCCUCCAUUGUUUUAUUCACAUCCCUCAAGCGAUUCAUCAGGAACAGACAAAACAAACUUCCCCCUGGCCCAGUGCCGCUCCCACUGUUAGGAAAUGUCUUAUCGAUCAACACCAACGAACCUUGGUUGACUUAUACUAAAUGGGCUGCUGCUUAUGGAGACUUGUUUUUCGUGCGACUUCUAGGCCAGGAAGUCGUGGUGAUCAAUUCCCAGCACGUUUCGGAAGCCUUGCUGGACAAGCGUUCUCGCAUUUACUCCGAUAGACCAUAUAUAGCCACACUUGAGCCGUUUGGUUGGUCGGUCGUCUUUGGAUUCACAGGCUAUGGUGACGAAUGGCGUCUUUGCCGACGACUCUUCCACCAAACUUUCCAUACCGACUCUGCACUCAAGUUUCGUCCAAUGCAGAUCAAGCGCGCCCAUGAGAUGAUCGUCAAUCUAAUCGAUGACCCUGAACAUUAUCAUUCUCACUUCGCAACAUUCUCGUCAUCAGUCGCGAUGUCAGUGACAUACGGCUACCAAACCAGUCCUCGUGAUGAUCCUCUGGUCCGAAUCGUAGAAAAUGCACUGGCUAUUGGCUCUCAGGUAGUAACCCAAGAGAGAGCAAUCUUACUCAAAACCUUCCCCUUCUUGCUGAAGUUACCUGACUGGUGUUGGGGAUCCUCGAUCAAACGCGAGGCCCAAGCCUCGACCAAUUUCAUGACUGAAAUGACGGAGGUGCCAUUUCGAUAUACGCAGCAGCAUAUGGCCAAAGACUCGGCCCUUGAUCAGUUUUCGAUGGUGGCAGAAAAUCUUCAACGAAUGGAGAAGCAGGAUCAGACAUCUAGACCAUUGUUUGAGAGUGCCUUGAAGAAAGCAGCUACUUCUGCUAUUGUGGGUUCAUACGAGACGAGUACUUCAGUUUUGAUGACUUUUGCUCUCGCCAUGGUGUCUUACCCAGAUGUUCAAAAACGCGCACAAGCGGAGAUCGACUCAGUGGUUGGGCGGGACCGCUUGCCUACAUUUGAAGACAGAGCGUCACUACCAUAUAUUGAAUCAGUUGUGCGGGAGACUUUGCGAUGGCAGCCUGUCGCACCCUUUGCGCUACAUGCCACUUCGAGUAAUGAUAUAUAUGACGGUUACUUCAUUCCAAAAGGAGCGACUGUCAUAUGCAAUAUAUGGGGAAUUACACGGGAUGAAAAGCGGUACCCCAAUACAUCUGUGUUUAUGCCAGAGAGGUUCAUGGACGCCAAUGGUGCGCUGACGGACGACGACCCAGCUGAAUAUUGUUUUGGCUUAGGCCGACGUAGAUGUCCAGGCCGGUAUGCUGCUGAUGCCUCAGCGUGGUCUGCUAUCGUUACUAUGUUGGCCACGGUGGAGUUUUCUCUUGCCAGAAAUGACCAGGGCAAAGUGAUCGAAUUCACCCCUCAAUUCACGACGGGACUAUUUCAUUCCGUUACGGUCUUUCCCUGUAGUAUUUCGCCACGUUCUCAUGUUCAUUCAGGACUCCUAGGUGCCGCUUUACGAAUGGGAGAGUAA